GACAGGGGCCACUUCUGCCUCACCUACGAGGCCUCCAUGACGCGGCUCUUCCGGGAGGGCCGGACGGAGACCGUGCGCUCCUGCACCAGGGAGGCCACGGCCUUCGUGCGCAGCAUGAGCGACCCCAGCUGUAGCCCCUCGGACCGCCUGCAGCUCUUCCAGACAGCGGCCGAGAAGCACCAGCAGAUGUACCGCCUGGCCAUGACGGGGGCCGGGAUCGACCGGCAUCUCUUCUGCCUUUACGUGAUGUCCCGCUACCUGGGUGUGAAGUCUCCCUUUCUGGACAAGGUGCUGUCCGAGCCCUGGCGCCUCUCCACCAGCCAGACCCCCCAGCAGCAGAUCAGGAUGUUCAGCCUGGAGGCCUACCCGGACUACGUCUCCUCGGGCGGGGGCUUUGGGCCAGUGGCGGACGAUGGCUACGGGGUCUCCUAUAUCAUUGCUGGGGAGAAGCUGAUCACGUUUCACAUUUCCAGCAAGUUCUCCAGCCCUGAAACAGACUCGAAGCGCUUCGGGGCCAACAUCCGCCAGGCCAUGGUGGACAUAGCCGCCCUGAUGGACAUGCAGCCCAGGCAAAAGGCCCGUUGAGCCGGGGGGGCCUUUGCCCAGAGCCACAAGGAAGCAGCAGCCGCCUUCGGGGAGGCCAUGCCGGGCAUCGUGGAGCCUGGUGCCAGCCGGCCGGCUGCGUCUCCCGCCCUGCAGAGCUGCACUGUGGGUGCAGCGGGGAUUGGCGGGGAGUGGGGGGCAGAGCGGCUGCCCCGUGAUGUCCCUCAUAAAGGAGGAGCACUUCAGGGAC